GUAAAAGGGGAGGAAGGGUCUCAGGAGGGGAUUGAAGGGAAGGACAAGGUGGAGAAGAUGGGAGAAGAGUCUGUGGGGGGAGUGGAGAAGGACACAGUGGAGAAUGUAGAGCAGAUGGAGGAAGAGGUGAAUGGGAAUCCUGAUGGAGACAAGUUGGAGGAGACACUAGAAGUGGAGAAGAUGGAAGGGAGUGAUGACCAGGAGGGGGUGUCCUCUUGUCACACCAUCCCCUCCGUGGGUGAGAGGAAGGCAGAGAGACCAGUCCAGGAGCAGACUGCGCAGGUCAAGGAGAAGGUCUGCCCCAUGAAGAAGAGUAUCGCUACCAACAUCCCCCGGGGUAAACCGAAAUCUGGACGUGUGUGGAAGGAGAACAAAAAGCGGUUCUCUGACAUGGUAAAAGACCGUCCACUCCGCACAUCCUGGGAGAUGAAAAUGAAAGGGCGUCAGGAAAAAAAAUUGGUCAAAGGUUUAGCUCAACAGAUAAAAGAUGAAAAACAACGAGAAAAAGAAGAAAAGAGAAAGAGGCGAGAGGAGAAUUUGAGACGCCGUCUGGAA